GCGCACACUUGGAGCAGCAAGGAGUGCAGACGGUGCGUACAGAUGUGGGAACACGUGGCCUCUCCUUGCAGCCCUGCGGGCGCACUACUUCCUCUCACGUUUGGAUUUCUUCACUCUUGGAGUUUCUCUGUUUGCGGCUGCGGGUACCACCGGAGUGCUGAGCUGGACUAGGAUAAACCCCCCACCUCUGCAUCUCUUCAGACUGCUAGAUAAACAAGAAGAAAGUUUUCUCCUUUCGCUCUUUCAACUUUCGCUUGCAUUCAACUGGUGCAGCAAACUUUAUUCCUGUUUAGCUGCAGCAGCUGAGGUGUUACACUGAAGUUACCUGCGCUAUACGAGUUUGUCCUCAGUGUGAAGAUUCAAGAAACUCGGAUGAAGAUUUGAAUCAUCAUUUUUUUUGCAACUCCAUCAAAGAAGACAUUGGGAGCUAUAAAGGGUGCUGUUGGGCUGAUACCAGUGCGAUGCAGUGGAUGUGACUUCAAACAACAACAGUAGAGUCCUGCAGCCUGCACCACAAUGAAAGACGACUUUGCUGAUGAGGAGGAGGUGCAGUCCUUUGGCUAUAAGAGGUUUGGAAUUCAGGAGGGGACGGAGUGCACUAAGUGUAAGAAUGACUGGGCACUGAGGGCGGCUAUUGCACUGCUGUAUGUGCUCUGUGCCCUGCUCACCAUAGUCGUGGCUGUGCUCGGAUACAAAGUGGUCCAGAGAAUGGACAAUGUCACAGAGGGCAUGCAGAAUUAUGGAGGCAAGAUCAAUGCUGUUGAGACGGACCUAAAGAACCUCGAUGAUCAGAACGGAGAGAAGUCAGUAAAUGCCACAAGUGCAAUAAAGACUUUCAAGUCAGAUCUGGAAGCUUUACAGCACCAGCUGAAUGAUGUUGCCGUGAGGGCGAGCAAAAACAGAGACAUACUCAACGAGCUGCGGAUCACUGGAGACGAUAUGCAAAAUGGCCAUGUCUCCCUGCAGAGUUUUCUACAAGGAAACGCUGCCUCACUGCGUGGGGUCAACCAGACACUUGCCACCUACGGGGGCAUGAUUGACAACCUCCAGACAAACACUGCAUGGCUCCAGUCUGAGAUACAGAACCAGGUCAAAGAGCAGAGUCAGACCCAGGUUACUGUCAGCGCGCUAAACAUCACCCAGGCCCAGCAGCGCAAUCUGCUCAGCACGCUGCAGAAGACAGUUGAGGACGCAGGCCAGGCAGUGCAGAAACUCAAGAACGACUAUCAGAGUCUGCAGCAGACAGCUAGGCAGACCCGGGCUGACACAGAGUGGCUGAAGGAGAAAGUCCAGAACCUCCAGGUUUUGGCAGCCAAUAACUCAGCUCUGGCCCGGACCAAUGGUGAAGCUCUAGAUGACCUGGGGUCACAGCUCAGCACGCUAGCCAGCCAGAUCCAGAAUGCCUCAGCUCUUACUGAGGGGCACGACCAGAGCCUUCGGGAGAUCAUGGACCACCAAAGAGACCACGAUAAUACCACCUCAUCCAAGUUUGACGAAAUGGAGGCUCGAUUAGACAGACAGGAGAACGACAUGGACCGUGUAACAGGGAAUGUGAGCUUUGCUGCGCAGCUGCUAGGCUCCAUCAACUCGGACCUGAACGGUCUGAGGUCCUGCGCUGAGACUGUGCUGCAACAUUCAGACCUUUUACUGGGGCUGAACAGUAGUGUGACCGAGGCCAGGACAGAGAGCCUUGAGCUGAGAGCCCAGCAGGAUGAGUUGACAGCCAGGCUGGACAAAGAGGUCAACAACCUGUCCAUUGUGAUGGAGGAGAUGAAGCUGGUGGACAGCAAGCAUUCCCAGAUCAUCACCAACUUCACCAUCCUGCAGGGUCCACCAGGUCCAAGGGGGGCCAAAGGCGACAAGGGUCCCCAGGGGCCAGUGGGCCAGUCCGGACAGAAGGGCGAUAAAGGAGAUAAAGGAAUGCCCGGGUUGGUGGGAACUAAAGGAGACAAAGGUGCUUUUGGAAUUCCAGGUGCAACAGGUCCAAAAGGUGCAGCAGGAGCUCGGGGUCUUACAGGGGCUAAAGGAUCGCGGGGGUCUGGAGGUCGACCUGGAAGUCCUGGUGAAAAAGGUGACCCAGGGUCUACUGGGCUUCCUGGUCUUGAUGGACUUCCAGGGAUGUCAGGUCCAGAAGGGCCACAGGGGCCCUCGGGAGCUCCAGGACCUGCAGGGUUGGAGGGGCCUCGUGGGCCCGUUGGACCCAUUGGCCCUGCCGGUCCUCCAGGGCUACCUGGGUUACCUGCACCUGUACCUCCACCGCCUUCUAAGGCACCUCAGCGUCCUCAGCCCACCCAGCCUGCAAAGAUCCUUGUUUCCCCCAAAUCACCUCAACCUCCCAAACCAGAAGAGAAUCAACAAGGGUCCACGUCACCGCAGGUCCAACCCCCUGUCGCCCCGACUCCAACACCUGGUUGCCCACCUGAGUUCAAAAAGUUUGGAGACAGCUGCUAUUACUUUUCUUCUGGACCUCAGAGACUCAACUUUGAUGAGUCCUUUCAGUUUUGUUCCAACAUGUCAUCUCAUAUGCUCAUUAUUAACGACAACGAGGAACAGACGUUUGUGAGAAAUGCUAUUGCAGGAAAAGGCUAUUUCUGGCUGGGUCUCACUGACAGGGAGGAGGAAAAUGUGUGGAAAUGGGUGGAUGGGACCCUACCUGUUUUUAAGAAAUGGAAGCCUGGCCAGCCUGAUAACUGGACUCAUGGCCAUGAAGACGGCGAGGACUGUGCCGGGUGCGAAAAUAUCAGGGGAAGGGCAAUUUUUUUUGUUGUUGUCAAUACGCCAGCAAUGCCUCUCUUCGCGACCAACCCAUUUGACCAAGAUGUUGAGAAAGCGACCAGUGAGAUGAACACAGCUGAGGACUGGGGCCUCAUUCUGGACAUAUGUGAUAAGAUAGGACAGUCACGCACUGGGCCCAAAGAAUGCCUCCGCUCGAUAAUGAGAAGAGUGAACCACAAGGAUCCCCAUGUGGCCAUGCAGGCACUGACUCUCCUUGGUGCCUGUGUCUCAAACUGUGGGAAGAUAUUCCACUUGGAGGUUUGCUCCAGAGAGUUUGCCAGUGAAGUCAGUAAUGUCUUAAACAAGGGCCAUCCCAAAGUGUGUGAGAAGCUGAAAGCACUGAUGGUGGAGUGGGCAGAGGACUUCCGCAACGACCCCCAGCUUAGUCUGAUUUCAGCUAUGAUCAAGAAUCUACGUGAACAGGGGGUCACAUUUCCAGCCGUUGGAUCCCAGGCUGCAGAGCAAGCAAAAGCAAGCCCUGCUUUAGUUGCGAAGGAUCCCUCCACCUCAACAAACAAAAAAGAAGAAGAAGACUUGGCUAAGGCCAUUGAGCUGUCACUGAAGGAGCAACGCCAGCAUCCACAGACCUCCCUGUCGAGCCUUUACCCAAGCACCUCCAGCCUACUCUCCUCACACAAGUCUGAUGGCAGGAAGGUCCGCGCCAUCUAUGACUUUGAGGCAGCCGAGGACAACGAGCUAACCUUCAAAUCAGGAGAAAUCAUCACGAUCUUAGACGACAGUGACCCCAACUGGUGGAAAGGGGAAACAUACCAGGGAGUAGGGUUGUUUCCAUCCAACUUUGUCACAGCUGACCUCACCGCAGAGCCUGAGAUGAUGAAGACGGAGAAGAAGACAGUACAGUUCAGUGAGGACAUCCAGGUGGAGACCAUAGAGCCUGAGCAAGAGCCUGUUUUUAUAGAUGAGGACAAAAUGGACCAGCUACUUCAGAUGAUCCAGAGUGCAGACCCAACAGACAACCAGUCGGACAGCGUGGAGUUGCUUCAGUUGGAAGGUGCCUGCAAUCAGAUGGGGCCCCUCAUUGACCAGAAGUUGGAGGAUAUAGACAGGAAGCACUCAGAGUUGUCAGACCUAAAUGUGAAGGUGAUGGAAGCUCUGUCUCUGUAUGCUAAGCUAAUGAAUGAAGAUCCUGUCUACGCCAUGUAUGCCAAGCUGCAGAGCCAACAGUACUACAUGCAGCAGCCGGCCAACGCAGCUCAACAGGUGUACCAUGGUCAGCCUGCAUCAGGUUCUUACGCCAUGAGCGGCACCGCGGUGCAGGGUUACACCGUUCCAAUAGAACAACUUCCAGCUGGAACCCCCAUACCUGGUCAGCCAGCCCCUAGUGAUGUUCAUAUGUACAUGGGCCAGCCGCCAGUCUACACAGCAGCUCCAGGUAGCAUGGCCCCAGCAGAAGUACAGUCCUAUCAGAACCAAGCACCAGGCACGACUCCCGCAGGCAUGACGCAGACGUCAAACUACAGCACCCCCUCUGGGCCCAGCAUAGCACCUUCCUCAGACGCCUCCCAGGCCCCUUACUCAGAGAAAGCCUUGCUAUAGGGCCUGCUAAGCUCACUGGAAUCCUCACGCAUACACACACACAUACAUGCACCAGACCUUAUCAAACAGUGGUCAUGGAUCAUUUCUUUUAUUAUCAUUUUAUAAUGGGGUUUAUCAUAAGACUUCAGAUGGAUGGAAAAAAAAAAACUAAACAGAGAACUAACUUAAAAUUUGACACCCUAAAAUAUUCAAAUAAAUAGACGGUCUCAAUCCAGGUUAAGACGUGAUCAUGACGGUUUAAACAGCUUUCACCAAGCACCACAAGCUCUGUAUGUGUUCUUUUCUUUAGUGAUUUAUUUAUUUAAUUAAUUAAUAUUCCAUAUGUUUAUUCUUCUUCCUCUUCCUUAUAUCUAUACGAGACACAGAUAUCUAGACAUGCAGGAGCUUUAAUUGCACUUGUGAUUUGGUCAUCAUUAAAAUCUGAUCACUUCUUAAUCUAAAUCUGAUGCCAAUAAAAUGUCUAUUUUGAUGUUUAAGACCUGACAUUCAUUGUCACUUUAAUAUGAUUGGAUUUAAAAACAGAUGUGGUAAUGCUUUAUUUAAUGGCUCAGUGAUUUGGGAAAUAAAACCCAGGAACUUUUAUGGAAAGAAUCGUAUAAUCUGAUACCAAUUUAAGGGGAAAGAACUACUCGUUAGAUGAUAGUUCAUCUCGUAAGCAUUUGUUGAUUUCUACAGUAAUGUAUUUAAAACAGCGGCUCUUUUUAAACCCAAGUUAAUAUUUAGUCCUUUGUCAUUUAUGAUUAGAAACCCUAAAAAUUCAAACUUGUUAUAUUUUUCUGAUGCUAGUCGGACCUAUUUUAAGUCUACACUAGUAGCUAAUUUUAUUCAUGAAUUAGACAUGCAUUGAAUUUACAGUGUUAAAUGUGAAAUUGGUAUCACAUUAAAAAGUUAUUUUAUGUAAAGUUCACAAGGAAGUAUUUGAAAAAUGACGGAUUUAUUGAAUAAGGUGUUACCAAAAUUGGCUGCCAUCAACCUCAAAGCAAAAUAUGUAUGCAGUGACUGUGAUCUUACUCCAGGCAGGUGUACAGCGGUGCACACAAACACAAGUUGCACAAGUUAGUUCACACAUCAUCAGCAGUUUGUUGUACUAAACUUUCACUCGCACACUAACUCCAGUAGAAAUCCACAACAUGUCUCAGCCUUUACACAAACUAAAAGCAACCACAGUGCUUAUCAUGUCACACUAAAAAGGGUCACAAGUUCACAUUUAUAUAUAUUUUUUCUUUUAAUUAAAAAAAAAAGAGGACUUUUAGCUAUGCUGAGAACGUUAGGCUACUGCAUUCUGUAUAUGUCGUCGACUUUUAGAAGUACUGAAAACUGAAGCCACUUUGUUUAUUUUGGAGGGAAACCAGAGGUGUAAAAGCAUGCACAUGACUCUUGUAUAUACUGUAAUGAACUAGUAGUGUAGCCACAUGAUGACCUCAUGGGUGGGGCCGUUGUUAGCACAGCUCCGGGUGUUCCUCUCAGCCUUAAAGGUGAACUCUGCUGCAGGUGUUACUUUCUUUCUUUCCCGGUGUAAAAGCCAAAGAGAACAAAGUGGGGAAAAAACACACGACAGAAAAUAUUUUUUUUUAAGUCUUCUUUUUCUUUCCUUCCUUUUAUUGUACAAUGAUUGACUCCUCCUUUCAUGCUGCAGAGUUUUCCUUUUCAAACUGAGCUGUGUCUCCAUUCACGGGCUGUACUAACACACUCGCUCCACACGCUUGGCUACUGAAGGGGGGGAACUCUGUGAACCGCCCCAGUGUCUUUGAAGCAUCUCUUUAGUCAGUGUUGAGAAUUGAAUACAAUGUUUUUUUGUAGUGCAUUUUAAUUUAUGUUUCGAUUCUUGUUAUGCUAUUUUAAAUGGAGAAGCAGUGCAGGAUGUACGUAUUCAGAGAAAAGCGGAAUAUGUGAUGUUCUGCCUGACUUAGUUGUAUAUUUAAAUCACAUGAGAACAUGGACUCACUCUUCUCUCUGUGUUUGAUACAUGCUUAUUGUACUGUAGGGUCAAAUGGUAAUGUGAAAAACAGAUCACACCUACCCCCCCCCCCAUGCAUUUCAAUCCUGUCCUUCUCUCAGAGCUGUCUUAACACUAAAACAAAUUCUACCUGAAGAAGAUCAGAAGUACGGUUUCUGGAGAAGUACAGUCUGGAUUUUUUAAAUAACUCAAAUUCUCUCCAAGUUAAGUUACAGAGACACGUCAAAAGGCAUGAAAGAUCAAAUGUUGUACAAGCAAACGUCUCAUACCUUACAUUUUACUACGCACUACCUGUUUAUAAGUUUUGGGGGAGAACUUAAUGCUUAUCAAUAAUGAUCAGAUUUCAAAAAGUUGGUGAAAAAGCGAAUAUAUUUAUGUUGUUGUAUUAUGUUGAAUGAUGCCACAUGAAGGAAUUAUGACGCUGUUUUAAGUCACUAGGUUUUCCAAUUGCAGGGCAGAUUGGUGUGUUGAUCUGACUGUAAAUUUGUGUCCUUUCAAAAACUCAUGAAGUCCUUCGUUUGAAAUGUGCUACACCUUAUGAUCUCUUAGCCACCUUGAGUUUAUAAAAAACAACCCAAAAAAGUUAACCUGGGACUUGGAGAAGAAGAGGCCGUUGUAUUCUCCAGAACUGGAUUCAAGCAUUAAUAUAGUUUAUUCAAAGACAUGAAGUCCUUUCUGCAGCCUUUGAAUACGACCGAGGGUGAAGAAGUGUUAAUCAUUUUUGGAUGGAUGAGGGCUGAAAAUAUAAAAUAUAUAAAUAGUAGCAGCUAUUCUGGGACCAGGGAACCAGGAGCCAGUUAAUCAUCACACAUCUUCCUGAUGUGUUGGAGCUCAGAUGUAACUUUAUUGCACAGGAUUGAGAUGCUGCCUGUUUUUAAGUUUUAAUCCAACAUCUUUAUUGUAAAAGUCUCAAACUUGUACCCUGCUGUUUGUAUGUAUUAUUUUAACCAUACUUAUUAAUUGAUAUUCACAAUAAAACCAGGCCAAAUGUACAGAAUAA